AUGGAGCUCAGUGAAGAGUCAGUGGGGCAUGUGCGUGCACCGUCCAGUCUCCGGGACCCUGCCCUCCAGACCCCGCACCCCCUGGCGGCCGAAGCCCCGGGCCUGGAGCCCGGGAGACUCCUAGCUUUGCGUCUCGGGGACUCCAGGCCUCGAUCUUCCGGGUCUGUGCCCGGGAGGCCGGGCCCGCGAGGGGCUCUCACAGGUCCCAGUGGAACAGGGGCGCCAGAAAAAUCAAUGCUUAAACACGCUAUCCAUCCACAAAAAUUGAGUGUGAGCCUUCGCGAAUAUGGCUUUGCGCACUGCGACGCGGCUGCGGCUCAACCGAGCUUAGCCCUCCGGCGCGCAGGAGUCGGGAGCGGGCCUCCAGCGGGCGGAGGUAGAAGGGGCGGCUCGGUGCCGGCGGGGACGCGGCCGGCCUGCCCUUGGGGGGUUGGGAGGAAGCGUCUCCCCUCGGGGUCCCGGCUGCGGCCGGAAGGGGGUGAGGUGGGCUCGUGCGUCGCUCGUGUCGGCCGACGGGGAACCGGAGCGGCGGCGGUCGGCGGAGGGGACUUACGGGGCCGGAGGGCGCCGGCUUGUUGGCGGCGGGCGGGCCGCGGGCCUUCCUGCCCGAGAACAAAGAGCCGGGCUGUGCCGGUCGAGCCGCAGCCGUGGGGAGGCCGCGGGCGGAAGCGCUCUCCGGGCGGCCGGGGUCGGAGGAAGCCGCUGCUCUUUGUUCCCGGGGAGGGAGCUUGGGGCGGGGGUUCCUGCGGCCCCGCCGGCUGCUGCGGCCCGCGGCUUUGCAGAUGGGCCUUGGGAGGAGGAGGCGGGGACGGCGGAGGGGACGGGACUGGACGGCGGAGGGGACGGGACUGGACGGCGGAGGGGACCGGGCUGGACGGGACGGCGGCGAGCGGGUCCGGUCCCGCCGGCGGCACCUUUGUGCUCACUUGUUUUUCAUUUCUCCCUUCCCCUCCCCUCCCCACCCCAUCCAUUAAUAUUAUUCUUUUGAAGAUUCUUCGUUGUCAAGCCGCCAAAGUGGAGAGUGCGAUUGCAGAAGGGGGUGCUUCUCGUUUCAGUGCUUCUUCGGACGGAGGAGGAAGUAGGGGUGGACCUCAGCACUAUCCCAAGACUGCUGGCAACAGCGAGUUCCUGGGGAAAACCCCAGGGCAAAACGCUCAGAAAUGGAUUCCUGCACGAAGCACUAGACGAGAUGACAACUCCGCAGCAAACAACUCCGCAAAUGAAAAAGAACGACAUGAUGCAAUCUUCAGGAAAGUAAGAGGCAUACUAAAUAAGCUUACUCCUGAAAAGUUUGACAAGCUAUGCCUUGAGCUCCUCAAUGUGGGUGUAGAGUCUAAACUCAUCCUUAAAGGGGUCAUACUGCUGAUUGUGGACAAAGCCUUAGAAGAGCCAAAGUAUAGCUCAUUGUAUGCUCAGCUAUGUCUGCGAUUGGCAGAAGAUGCACCAAACUUUGAUGGCCCAGCAGCAGAGGGUCAACCAGGACAGAAGCAAAGCACAACAUUCAGACGCCUCCUAAUUUCAAAAUUACAAGAUGAAUUUGAAAACCGAACCAGAAAUGUUGAUGUCUAUGAUAAGCGUGAAAAUCCCCUCCUCCCAGAGGAGGAGGAACAGAGAGCCAUUGCUAAGAUCAAGAUGUUGGGGAACAUCAAAUUCAUUGGAGAACUUGGCAAGCUUGAUCUUAUUCAUGAAUCUAUCCUUCAUAAGUGCAUCAAAACACUUUUGGAAAAGAAGAAGAGAGUCCAACUCAAAGAUAUGGGAGAGGAUUUGGAGUGCCUCUGUCAGAUAAUGAGGACAGUGGGACCUAGAUUAGACCACGAACGAGCCAAGUCCUUAAUGGAUCAGUACUUUGCCCGAAUGUGCUCCUUGAUGUUAAGUAAGGAAUUGCCAGCAAGGAUUCGUUUCCUGCUGCAGGAUACCGUAGAGUUGCGAGAACACCACUGGGUUCCUCGCAAGGCUUUUCUUGACAAUGGACCAAAGACGAUCAAUCAAAUCCGUCAAGAUGCGGUAAAAGAUCUAGGAGUGUUUAUUCCUGCUCCUAUGGCUCAAGGGAUGAGAAGUGACUUCUUUCUGGAGGGACCGUUCAUGCCACCUAGAAUGAAAAUGGAUAGGGACCCACUUGGAGGACUUGCUGAUAUGUUUGGACAAAUGCCAGGUAGCGGAAUUGGUACUGGUCCAGGAGUUAUCCAGGAUAGAUUUUCACCCACCAUGGGGCGUCAUCGUUCAAGUCAACUCUUCAAUGGCCAUGGGGGACACAUCAUGCCUCCCUCACAAUCGCAGUUUGGAGAGAUGGGAGGCAAGUUUAUGAAAAGCCAGGGGCUAAGCCAGCUCUACCAUAACCAGAGUCAGGGACUCUUAUCCCAGCUACAAGGACAGUCGAAGGAUAUGCCACCUCGGUUUUCUAAGAAAGGACAGCUUAAUGCAGAUGAGAUUAGCCUGAGGCCUGCUCAAUCUUUCUUAAUGAAUAAAAAUCAAGUGCCAAAGCUUCAGCCCCAGAUAACUAUGAUUCCUCCUAGUGCACAACCACCACGCACUCAAACACCACCUCUGGGACAGACACCUCAGCUUGGUCUCAAAACUAAUCCACCACUUAUCCAGGAAAAGCCUGCCAAGACCAGCAAAAAGCCACCACCAUCAAAGGAAGAACUACUUAAAUUAACUGAAACUGUUGUGACUGAGUAUCUGAAUAGUGGAAAUGCAAAUGAGGCUGUCAAUGGUGUAAGGGAAAUGAGGGCCCCUAAACACUUUCUUCCAGAGAUGUUAAGCAAAGUAAUCCUCCUGUCACUAGAUAGAAGUGAUGAAGAUAAAGAAAAAGCAAGUUCUUUGAUCAGUUUACUCAAACAGGAAGGAAUAGCCACAAGUGACAACUUCAUGCAGGCUUUCCUGAACGUAUUGGACCAGUGCCCCAAACUGGAGGUUGACAUCCCCUUGGUGAAAUCUUAUUUAGCACAGUUUGCAGCUCGUGCCAUCAUUUCAGAGCUGGUGAGCAUUUCAGAACUAGCUCAACCACUGGAAAGUGGCACCCAUUUUCCUCUCUUCUUACUUUGCCUUCAGCAAUUAGCUAAAUUACAAGAUCGAGAAUGGUUAACAGAACUUUUUCAACAAAGCAAGGUCAAUAUGCAGAAGAUGCUUCCAGAAAUUGAUCAGAAUAAAGACCGUAUGCUGGAGAUUCUGGAAGGAAAGGGACUGAGUUUCUUAUUCCCACUCCUCAAACUAGAGAAAGAACUAUUAAAGCAAAUAAAGCUGGAUCCAUCCCCUCAAACCAUAUACAAAUGGAUUAAAGAUAAUAUUUCUCCCAAACUUCAUGUAGAUAAAGGAUUUGUGAACAUUCUAAUGACCAGCUUCUUACAGUAUAUUUCUAGUGAAGUAAACCCACCCAGUGAUGAAACAGAUUCUUCCUCUACUGCUUCCAAAGAACAAGUAGAGCAGGAAAAACAACUGCUGCUUUCUUUCAAGCCAGUAAUGCAGAAAUUCCUACAUGAUCAUGUUGAUCUACAAGUCAGUGCCCUGUAUGCUCUACAGGUCCACUGUUUCAACAGCAACUUCCCAAAAGGCAUGUUACUUCGCUUUUUUGUUUACUUUUAUGACAUGGAAAUUAUUGAAGAAGAAGCUUUUUUGGCUUGGAAAGAAGAUAUAACCCAAGAGUUUCCGGGGAAAGGCAAGGCUUUGUUCCAGGUGAAUCAGUGGCUAACCUGGCUAGAAACUGCUGAAGAAGAGGAAUCAGAGGAAGAAGCUGACUAAAGAACCAGCCAAAGC